AUUAAAUCAAAUUUAGUAACCAAAUAAGAUACACUAAAAAAAUAUAAGAGCUUAAUUAAUUAAUAAUAGCCGCACCGGAGCGAGAGACGCCACUCUCGGCAGCACCCGUUAUAACAAAACGAAGCCCUAUCCACAAGUCGCAUCGUGAGGAGGAAGACAAAAGAAACCGCCGGUUUCGCUGUCGUCGAAAUCACCGCUGUCAUCACUUUCACAUAUUUGAUCUUCCAGCACCGCCGCCUGCGCCUCUACUACCACAUUUAAUUUUGUUUAGAACUUUCGAGAAGGAUUUUGAUGAGGUGAAGAAACUAUGCCAAGCAAUUCAGGAAGAGGAUACCCUACAAAUGGUUCCAUCUAUGUUUGUAAUUUACCUGAGGGAACUGAUGAAAGUAUGUUAGCCGAGUAUUUUGGAACCAUUGGCUUGCUAAAGAAAGAUAAGCGAACUGGUCGACCUAAGGUAUGGUUAUACCGAGAUAAAGUGACAAAUGAGCCAAAAGGUGAUGCAACGGUUACUUAUGAGGAUCCACAUGCUGCGUUAGCUGCUGUUGAAUGGUUUAAUGACAAGGAUUUCCAUGGGAGCACAAUUGGUGUUUUUAUGGCAGAGAGUAAGAGUAGUAAUGCUGGUGUAGAUGUUCCAACUGCAGCUGCUGAUGGUGGUGGAUUUGAGGACGAUGCAGCAAAGGACAUGGAUGGGGGUGGUGGAAGGGGUAGAGGUCGGCUUGAUUCUUCAGGGAAGAUGUGGCAACAGGAGGGAGAUUGGCUCUGUCCGAAUACAAGUUGUUCCAAUGUCAAUUUUUCAUUUCGUGGUGUGUGCAAUCGAUGCGGAACUGCUCGACCUGCAGGUACAUCUGGUGGCGGAGGGGCUGGUGGUCGUGGGCGGGGUCGUGGUGCUCCUGAUUCUGGAGGUCAUGGCCGAGCAGUAGCUGCUACCGGUGGACUUUUUGGCCCAAAUGAUUGGCCUUGCCCUAUGUGUGGUAACAUCAACUGGGCUAAGCGUAUGAAAUGCAAUAUUUGCAACACUAAUAAACCUGGUCACAAUGAGAGCGGUGUGAGAGGUGGACGUGCUGGUGGUUACAAAGAACUUGAUGAAGAAGAGAUAGAGGAAACAAGGCGACGUCGACGUGAGGCAGAAGAUGAUGAUGGUGAGAUGUAUGAUGAGUUUGGCAAUCUCAAGAAAAAGUUCCGAGCAAAAACACAACAAGCUGAAGCUGCUCGAGUGCUACCAGGUUCAGGCCGUGCUGGCUGGGAGGUUGAUGAACUAGGUGUAAUUGACAGGAAUGGAAGAGAAAGAAGCAUAGAUAGAGAGAGUAGCAAGAAUAGAGAGCGUGAAGAUAGGGAAAGACGCCGUAGCCGAAGUAGAGAGAGGGAUAGGGGAAAGGAUCGGAGGCGUGAUUAUAAUUAUGAGCGAGAUAGAGACCGAGACCGAGACCGAGACCGAGACCGAGACCGGAGCAGGUACUUUGACUGAGAAAGGAAGAAUAGGAAUUUUGAAAUUGUUAACUUGAUUUGCAGUGCUGUUUCUAAGCUUUUCUGGUAGUCUUUUUAACAGAAGAAUAGGAAUUUAACAUUCUUGAAACUCCGGACUACUUUUAUCUCUGUAUUCAAAUGUGUAAAAUUUCAAACAUUUCUUUAAGACAUCAAAAUGGUUUUUAUUACCGUGAGAUGAUUUCUCAAGAAAUAUCAAAUUUCUUUAAA